AUAAAUUAUCAAGAACAAAACACUUCUGAACUCUGACAUAUUAUUUCAUUCUGUUCAAAAUUUGAGUACUGAGGGAUGCUCUAAAUUUUAUAGUUUUUGUAACUGUUAUAAAUUUAUAUGUGUACAUAAAACAUUUUCAAGAACAUUUCGUAAAAAUGUCUUUAGACAAGCAGAGAAUCUUGAGUGAGCUGGGAAGUGUAGUAAAUCAGUUACAGAGUGCUGAUUGUGGUUGUAUGGGAAAGUUAUUUAACAAUUCAGGUCAAGGCAGUACUUGUGGUGGAAAUCAAAUGGGGAAUUAUAGUGGAUAUAGACACGGCUGUUGCCAUGGACACGGGUGUGGACAUAACCACGGUAAUUCGUACAACAGUCCGUGCGGUGGAGAGCCUUAUACAGCGAUGAACUCAAAUCCCAUGGCUAUGGGUAGAUGCAAUCCACCCAAACUUUACGCCGACACGUACAAUUAUCUGAAUCAAAAUCUUAUGCAACCUGUUGUUAAAGACGUAUACAACGAUUUGAAGAAUCUCACACCAGCCAACACCAUAGCAAACAAUCCAAUGGCAGGUCAGAUGGGUCUCUAUCAGACAAUGCAAGUAAUAUGCCAGGUCAAAUAAAUUAUUCAGGCCAAAGCAACAUUGCUAAUCCUAUGACAAGCACUAAUAUGGGUAGCAAUCAAAUACAAAACAUGCCCAAUACUCCUGGAAUGAUGGGAAACCAAAUGAUGGGAAAUAUUGCAGGAAUGGGCCCUCAGAUUGUUAACAUGAUGACAGGCGAUGGAAAAUCAAAACUAGCUAAUGUUGAUGGACAGGCUCAAGGGGCCUUUGA